UCGACCCGAGUGGACCUCCUUAGGUUUUCAGUUUAGCUAGUUUAACUAGUAGUAUCGGGUCCCCAUCCGAUGGGACAUUUUCAUCAUCUUAGCAGAUUGUACGAAAUAUUUUGUUCAAAGGCGUUCGGUUAACAUACAUUCGGAAUGUAUUAAAAGGAGCGUCCUUCCAAACAUAAAUUGGCACUCCUUUCCGGGCAUCGUUAAUGUAGUACCUAAUCGAAAGAAGAAAAACAAAAACCUCCUACUAACUAAGUGAAGGUUAUCGCUGCCGUGUGGAUUUCCUUACCUCGAAUGAUCCUAUGGUCAAACGUCAAGUAAUAACAUUAGGGAGAGAGCGAACAAAACUAGGUUAAGUGAAAACAUCAAAUUUCUGAUGGUUUGAGCGUGCAUCUCUAUAGGUUUUUUUUUGGUUGACCGUGAAUUGGAAAGGCAAUUUUAAUUAAUAUUUUCUCCGACAUCCCGACGCAUUGAUUCGGUGCCAAGUUUCACAAACCAACUGUCAAACCACUCCGGAGAAAUAACUAGUCCGGAUUUUCCUCCUACCUACGUUCUGAGUCCUCGUGGGCGGUUAAGGACCAUGAGGCAUAUCCGCGGAUGACACUCCCCAUCAUCGGCAGCAAUCUGAUAAAAUUUGGCUUCUGCCAAAGUGUGCAAUUGUCUUUCGAUUCCGGACACGCAAUGGGAUUCCGAAGAAAUCGGAAAAUAACGAUCCUGUGGGCCACGUUGCUACUUUCUUGCUGCUUGCUAGAGGCGCACGGAAAAACCGUUGAGGAGGAACUGACGAGUCAUCGACAACAGCACGUGUCAAAUCGUGGCGACCAGACCUCCUUGUUCGUCACUAACAAUGGCGAUGAUGAAAUGUUUCAACCGCUAUUACGUGGGUUCGAAGAAAAUGCCAUUCCCGGCGGCAAUUUCCCCCCUAGCGACAAAAGCUUCCCCAAGAAGCAGCAACAGCCAUCGUCAUCAUUGCCGUCCAGUGGCAAUGACCGUAUUCCGAUUGUUCCAAAUGUGGAGCAUAUUCCGCCAAUCGAUGGGGUUGAUUCGCUGAUGCUACUGACCUACAAUCUUUCCGGCGACCCAGUGCGGAUCCGACUGUGGCCAAGUCUGACGGGACGUAGUUUCGUCCAGCGGCAAGGACAACAGAAGGAGCAGCAGCAGGGCAACCAAUCCAUGAUUGUGGAGUACUUUGACGCGGGCUGCUACUAUCAGGGUCGAAUUCUGGACAGGAAACAGGGCGCUGAGACGGGGGCCGUGCUGUCGACUUGUGAAGGGUUGAUUCGGGGCACAGUUUACGAUCAGGACCGAACUUACUCCAUCGAGUUUGACGAGAGUAGCGGCGAGCAGUACGUUCGGUGGUUGAACGACCCGCUGCCAUCAUCGUCAGGGUCCGAGUCAGAGAAGGUUCUAAGUCGAUCUAAGAGGAAUCAUUUCUCACCGAACGGUUUGGUGGGACCGUACAAUGCAAAUCGACAUUCCAAGUUUGUGCAGUUGGUGCUGGUUGUGGACAAUUCGCUGUACCGAAAACUCAACUCCGAUGUUUGGGAGGUACAUCGCUACUGCACCGAUGUAGUUAAUCAUAUCAAUAUGCUCUUCAAUCAGCUGAACAUUUUUAUCGCCUUAACCGGAGUGGUCGUGUGGGACCGUUACGAUUACAUCCAGGUGACUCGGAGGGCCGACGAUACGCUCAACAACUUCCUGCAGUAUCGCCGAAAGGAGCUACUGCGUCAGCACCCGAAUGAUCACGCCCAGCUGCUGACGGCAGUCGAGUUCCAAGACCGGGUAAUCGGGAAAGCCAAACUAGGCGGAAUGUGCACCAGCAACAGCUCCGGGGCAGUGAUCGUUGUUCAUACGGACAAAAUUGCCAUCCAGGCGGGAACUUUGGCUCACGAGAUGGGUCAUAGUUUUAAUAUGGAGCACGAUGAAGAUGGAGUUUGUUCCUGUCCGGAUGGAAAGUGUAUCAUGACGGCAAUGGCGACGGGAAUGUCGCUGAAGCAUUGGAGUUCCUGUAGUACUGAACAGUUGUCGCUGGCCUUUAACAGAGGGUUGAGUCACUGUCUGAAGGAUAGACCAUUGAACGUUUAUAGUUCUAGCUGCGGGAAUGGCUUCGUAGAGGAGGGUGAAGAUUGUGACUGUGGGUUGGAUGAUGUUUGUGAUAACAUUUGCUGUGAUCCAAAGAUUUGUAGGUUUAAGGAAGGUGCCAUUUGUGCGACGGGAGAAUGUUGUGAUUUAAGCACUUGCCAGCUGAGGGAUGCUGGCCAUGUUUGUAGGCCACAUCAUGGGGAAUGCGAUUUGCCUGAGUUUUGUACCGGAAGGUCAGAGCAUUGUCCGAGAGAUGUCUGGAAGCGGAAUACAGAAGUUUGUGCUGGUGGAAAAUCGCAUUGUGUAGAUGGCGAAUGUAAAACGCGAGACGAUCAGUGUAGGUUAUUAUGGGGGCCUUCGGGAAGAGCUUCAGAUGAAAUGUGUUAUUUGAGAAAUAUUAAUGGUACUAAGUAUGCCAAUUGUGGAUUUGAUCGAGACACUCACUCUUUCCGCAGAUGUUCUGAACAGGAUGUCACUUGUGGUUUACUAUUUUGUCAUCAGCUGAAUGAAAACAAUUUGGAGUUUGGUUUGAAAGUGUUUACCGAGGAAAAUAUCGGGAGUGUGCUGAAAGGUCGAGAUGUAGUACACUGCCAUGCAGCUUUCAUUGAUCUUGGGGAGGGAAAGCAACCUAGUUUGGUGCCGGACGGAGCACCUUGUGGAGAGAACAAAAUGUGUUACCAACAACAGUGUUGGGAUAUUGAUAGUCUCAACGAUCGAGGAGUUGGGACUACCUGCCAUCAAGACUGCAACGGUCGAGGGAUUUGUAAUAGCGAAGGAAACUGCCAUUGUGAUUUAGGUUAUGCACCACCAUUCUGUGAAUAUGCUGGAUCAGGUGGGUCCCUAGAUAGUGGCCCGGCUUCAAGAGGUACUCAUUUAGCGCUUCUUAUAACUUUAGUAAUUGUAGGAGUAGUUGUUACCACACUCUUCUUUGCGUAUAUUUUCAUACGUUUCUGCCGAUUGGAUCGGUGUAAAAAACCAUUAAUAUUCACAAAAUAUCAUUCCCCAUCCCGUGGAAGACACAAACUUGUACCAACCAUGUCCGUUAAUUCGGCCGUCAUUCGAGAGAUCUCGGCCCCCAAACUGUGCUCAUCAACGCGAGACAUUGACGGACCUCAAUUCACUCCAAUUGCAAGACUGAAAUCAACCACUACUACUAUAACCGCCAACCGGUCAACGCCAACAAUUCCGAACUACUGCGAACCGGAUUUUCCUUCACCGAUCUACCACCAGAAACCACAACAUCCGACGCACCGGAAGUUAGACAGCAUAGUCACAGUACUACCAACAAAGCCAUCCUCAUCACCCUCGGUCGGUUAUGUGACCCAUAUGACUGCUCUUCCUCCGCCAAGUCCUCCCCGGCGGCUACCUCAAAUUAAUCCAAUCAAAACAAGAACGGGCUACGGCUCCGGAAGAUACUCCUGAAAACCGGUCCGAUGGUUGGACAUGUACAUCGACGAUUUUAUUAUACAAAUCUAUUCAAAAUAUGAAACAUUCGAAUGCCAUUUUGAUGUGUAGCUUAGGUUGAUAUCAAAUGAUCGUAGUCGGUAAGAAAAAAAUAGCUUUUUUGAUACUAGCCGUAUUUUUCCGAACGUCUAACUGUAGUAGUGGAGUAACUUCCACACCAAUACGCACAGGUGCAAUCCAAAACCUCAUUCGUAAUCAGUAAUAAAAAUUAUUAGCUGUAAUAAACAAAUUCUAGUCACACGUG